CUUGAUAUGGACUUUAGUAGACUUAAAUAUAAGGUGUGCCGGUUAAAUGGAUUGUUUACUGUUUGGCGUAAUUAUCCUCAGUUGUUCGGCGAUGCUAAUCGUUCUAACGAGAAGAUACUUCUCGUCUCGUAGAACGAAAUUAUCGAAAUUGCCAGAGACCUGGUGGACGCCCGGUACCGAGAACUCUGCCAACAAUGACAUCAGACCAUACAAAGUUACUUUUUCCGAAGAGAUGAUAAAAGAUUUGAAGUACCGAUUAAAGCACACCAGACCUUUGACACCGCCGUUAAAAGACAUUGCUUGGAAUUAUGGCACUAAUACCGACGCUCUGCGUAAACUUUUAAACUAUUGGGAGAACGAAUAUAAUUUCGACGAACGCGAGAAGUACAUAAAUCAGUAUUCGCAUUUUAAAACGAAUAUUCAAGGAUUAGACAUUCACUUUAUCCAUGUGAAACCAAAUAAGAAAAAAACAGAAGGAAAACGUGUUUUGCCAUUACUAAUUGUGCACGGAUGGCCCGGCUCCAUAAUGGAAUUUUAUAAAAUCAUUCCAUUACUGACCUCACCGAAACCCGAGUACGAUUUUGUAUUUGAAGUGAUAGCGCCUUCGCUACCUGGAUUUGGUUUCUCCAGCGCAGCUACGAUACCUGAACUUUCGGCCAUUCAAAUGAGUGUGGUUUUUAAGAAUCUCAUGUUGAGACUCGGGUAUGAUAAAUAUUAUGUUCAAGGUGGCGAUUGGGGUUCCUCCGUCAUCCACACUAUAUCAUGUUUAUAUCCGCAACACGUUUUGGGUUUGCAUUCCAAUUUGUGCCUAGUGUUCAAUAAAUGGACCCUACUAAAAACAGCACUGACUCUUUUGAAAGAAUCGUUUUUGCCUUGGGGAAAAACUAAAAAAAGAACUGGUCUUUUAUUUACUGGAGAGGCUGGAUAUUAUCAUAUUCAAGCUACGAAGCCGGAUACAGUUGGGGUCGGUCUAAACGACUCGCCUGCUGGUUUGGCGGCGUAUAUCAUUGAAAAAUUUUCAACCGGUACAAAUCCGUCUUACAAAUAUAGAGCAGACGGUGGAUUUCUAGAGAAAUAUACAUACGAGGAGUUGAUCGAUAAUCUGAUGAUCUAUUGGAUGUCGAAUAGCAUUACUACAGCUAUGAGAAUAUACGCUGAAUACUAUACCAAGUCGAAUAGAUCCUUGAUGAGGAUUUUGGAAUCAACACCGAUAAAGGUUCCUAGCGCUUGUGUACAGUUCCCUUACGAAAUCUUGACUCAAAGUCCAAACGAACUGAGAACACGAUUCGUGAAUCUUUUACGAGUUACCAAAAUGCCUCGAGGAGGUCAUUUCGCAGCAUUUGAAGAGCCAGAGUUACUCGCAAAUGAUGUAUGGAUCUCUAUUGAUAAGAUGGAAGAGUGGAACAAAAAGCAACAGUUAACAGCACAGAAAACAGUAAUUUGUCAACAAGAAGAGGAUAAACAUAAUUUCUAAAUGAAAAGAGUUGCACAAACAUUAUUCGAAAGCGAAACAGAAAUGAUG